AUGAUAACCCGCUUCAUCACCGACGUAACAACGCGCUUCAACCCCUUCUCCCCGCGGGCCAAGUCCGCGCGGCUCUUCCUCACCUUCCUCCCGCCGACGGCCCGCUUGUCGGGCAUGAACAUCACGACGCAGCUCCUGCCGCGGUCGUCCACCGAGCCGAGCAGUCUGCACAUCAAGUUCAAGGACGGCAAGGAAAUGAAGCUCGAUUGCGAAGCCAUGGGCAUCAAGAGCAUCGUCGAAGAAGUUGACCGGCAUUCGCGGCUGCUGCAGAAGGAAGCUGACCUGGCGGACGGCUAA